ACCACUUUUUUCGACUAUAAAUAUGAGGUGGGGUUGUUGUCAUUGUCACGCCUUCCCUCUUCUCUCCUUCGUCGAUCCUUCUACCUAUCUCUUUCAGGUAACUAUGUCGUCUGUCACGUGGUCGUUCGAUGAGUCUGUCGGUGAAGAAGGUCGGGGGUAUGCUGAUGAUGCGGCAGAGUUGUUUUCGUCCGUAGGGUCUUCCAUCCUGGGCUCUGUUGAAGGAGGAGAUCAACCAUUGACGUGGGAAGUUGCCGGAAAUACUUCUGCCGAGGUCGUUGGCUCCUCCAAUGAAACUGAGGAGGAAGGAGAAGUGGAAAUAGAAAUUGACGCGAUCGGAGAGUGGGAUGGAGUUACCACUGCUCCUCCUCCAACCGUUCCUAGAUGGGCGUUCUUCGCGUGCUGAACUUAGCUCCCACCCAGCUUCAUCCAAACGGGUGGGCUUACAUUUAGACGUUUACCGUUGUUUGCACCGCCCUUGCCCUUACGUCUACACCAACUUCCUUUCUCUAUUUUUUUUCGUGCCCUACCUCACCCCAAUAAAUCGUGGACUUCCCUGUUGCCCGUUAAGGAUCAACAACUAUUCACUCUUGUUAAAAUAGAAUGGCUCAAUUUUCUCACACCAAGAGGGGGGUGAAUUGGAGAAGUGUAAAAUCAAAAGCUUUUAAAAUCUUUUUUGCAAAA